AUGCAUGCCGCACUCAAGUUCACUACCGCUUUUGUCGGUCUCGCUUGUGUCAUCCAAGCUGCUCCCGUGAGUAGCCGCUGUAUCGGUGCUGAAUGUUCCCAAUCCGCAAAUUCCGGAUCCGUCCUUGUGGGCUCUACUACCAAUGUGGUCCCAUUGACGCAAGUCGUGCCAGUGACGCGCUACCAACCUCUCGUCCAAGCAUACGCGCCCAUUGUCCAGUCUGCAUGCGCUGAGCCUCUGACGGAGAGCUUACCGUUCUCCAAGGCUUCGCUCCAAUAUGACCGAUUUGGCCCCAUGAGGUCCGGUGAGAGAUUGAUGUUCGAAAGCGGUCGUCGUAUGCCUUUCGAGCCCAUGUUGAGCCGAUUCAUCAAGCGUAGUGAAGAGGAAAACGAGGCCAGUAAGCACCACAUGACCAAGCCUGAGGGAUGCGUCCUGGAUACCAAAGGCACAGAGUCAUGUGAGCAAAGCGUACCUGCAAGCACUGUAGAUAUGGGUUCGAUGGUCACUGCGGAGCCCAAAAACGUGAUUUUGCCCUCGACAGUUUAUCAAGGCCACGUCAAGGAUAAAGGGCCUGAUAUCUAUGCUGCGCCUGAACAACAUAGUGCAUUGAGCCAAGCAAAUGUGAACCUGGGUUCUAACGCGAUUGUCCAGCCUGUGACCAAGGUGGUGCCUUCGACCACUUACCAGCCCUCAGUUGAGAACAAGGCUACGAUUGUGGAAGCAGCCGAGCCACAAGACCAGAGCUUGGAACGAUCUUCGGCCUCGUUGGGGUCGACUGUGACGAUCCGGCCUGUGACGACGGUCAAGCCCUUGACGAUCUAUCAACCCAAGAUUGAGAGUUUGCCAUUCCGUAUCCAUGAUGAGGGUUGUAAAGUUGUAUAUGUGCAUCCCACUGAGGAAAAGAAGGUUGAAUAUAUCCCCUGGUAA